AUUCGGUUACAGAAGGAACUAAAAGUACAUUCAUGCCGCCAGACCCCGCUGAAGUAACGGGAGGAAGAUGACAGCGGAGGGCUCCAUGAUUGCACAGGUACAUCUCUGUGAAGUGUAGCCUUUAGAAAGUUUGGUUCUUCAGGUUAAAACUUUCUAUGGGAAAACCUCCACCAAUAUUUGACCAAAAUCCAGUAACAAUCCAAGGACUGGAACCAAAGAGGUACACCACCAGCGACUGGCAGUGCAUUAGACAAGAAUGCCCUAAAACAAGGAAAUACAAAACAGACACCAACAACUCUGCAAAGGGAACAGAACAACCAUCAAACUCUUUUGUUGUCUUCUCCUGUUAUUCUUCCCCCCACAUCAUCAAAACUCAGUGGUUUUACUGAACAUGUGUCAGAAAGGAAGGUCAACACGCACGUGAAGAUGAACCCAUAUGUCACUUCUCACUUCAGGAGGGAUCUCUUUCCCCAUUUCCAUUUGUUGUAGACUUUUGCCUACCUUUGUGUUACUGGUUGACUGAAAUGGCUUCCUCCAUAUUUGUACAGUUAUGGCAGUAGCUCUUGUCAAAUGUUUUUAAGCUCUGUUUGUACUUGCCACAGUUCAGGGUUACGGUUGAGGGUUUGAUUCUGUCCACUAUUCCAAAGAGACUGGAUGUGGAUACUUUACUUUGUCAUGAUUCAGUAGAAAAGUUCUCUGGAAAUGGUUGUGCAAGGUAAAUACUAACACUACAAGCAUAUCUUUUCAUUGCCAGAUGUAUUUACACGUAUAUCUUUUGUUUAAUUUAAACUUUAUCAGUUUUUACGAGUUAUUAAAGAUUUCUGCAUGAUCAUGCAUGCUUUUUAGAUAGUAGUUCAUGGUGCGCUUUUGCAUGUCCUUAUUAGCAAAUUGCAUCUGCAUAUGAUAAUCAUCUCUGUUGUUUGCAGAAACUCUCUCUGAUGUUCAGGUAGCAUUUUGUGAUCUGGUUCAAACAGGGAUGCUGAGUAAGAGACUACAAUCCACAAACCAAGUUACGCUCUCAGCCAUUUUAGUUCUCAGUUCUUCUCCCUCUGUGGCAUACACCUGAUCUAUCAACCUUGGCACAAGACCUCCAGAAAAAUUUAGAAAACUUCCUCAGGUGACCUGUGUACUUACCUUUUCCCUCCAUAUAAAUCUUCCACUUAAAGCUAAAAACAUGAGUAAUGUCAGAGAUAGAUCAAAGUAAUCUCUCUCUGUUGUUUUCUUCUCUUCUUCUUAUCUUUUGUCAGGCAUAGACGAAUUAUCAGCCGUAAUGCUGAGCUGUAAUGAGGUAUGUCUGUUCUGAGAGACUAACUGUUGCAGAUGAUUGCUAACAGCCGUGUAGUUCUGGUCAAUAUUAUCCAUGCAACAGUCAGUACCCAAAGCAAGUCUUCACCAAAUUGACAAUGGCCAUCAAACAUAUAUGCAGACCCUUGGAAAGAAAAUGUGAAAUUCUUAAAGCAGUGACAUGACUGAACAGGGAAUGGCAAACAAAAACAUGUUUCAGUUGGGUCCCUCUUGCUGGGAAGAAGUGACGUUUCCUUGACUUGUGAAGACAAACACAAGUUAUAGUCAGCUGAAACAGACACAUUGUGUGCAUCAGCUUAUUAAAGUGCAGCAUUAAAUUCAGUGCUUUAUCCAAGAUGUAUUGGCACUGAAUUAUGAUUGGUGAAUAAUGUCUGUAGGUAUUUAAAUUUCUGAAAGUGCUGUAUUCUUUGUUUCCUCAUGCCCAUACCAAGGGGUUGUGAAACUGGGAAGGACUUUGAUCGUAAGAAUUGGCAUGUUUUUUUAUUUUUAUUUGUUUAUUUGUUUUUGUUUUUGUUUUUGUUUUUUCUUUUUUGACUGCAUGUUGGAAAUGAUUUCGUCAUAUCAUCCUGUUGGAAGUUAAUUUGGAUUUUAUCUGUCUUGUAUGCCUAAUUUGCAUCUUGUCACAAAAGGUACCCUAUAAUGAGCUGUAAAUCCUUAAAAUGUCUCCAUCUCCAUCCUUUUACUCCACUGCAUUGUCAGUUUAUAGAUUUAAUCAAUUUAUGCCUAUUUGAGGCUUCCCUUUUAUUGUUUUGAACUGAACUGAACCAGUCCUGCAUGCUCUUGUUAUGUCUGCUCAGGUCAACCCAGCCCCACUACUCCUUUUCAAACCAAUUCUUGCAAAUCGGGGGUUACAGAAAUAGAUUCUUUUCUGCCAUUGCUGACAUCCUUUUUUUUAGCUCACCGUACUUUACUUACUUCAGUGAGUAAUAUUCACCUGUUAUUUUUAAUGAAUGCACCUCUGGACCUAUUUCAAGAAAGUUCACUUUGUUUGCUGAGGAUCUAUCACUGAGACGAUAGACUGUACCGAGAAGCAGCAUUACAGUUUGUGGAAAGGACACUGAAACAAGUGACCGAUCAAUGUCCUUGGAGGGAACUAUCCUCUGGGUUAUCAUUGGCCACUAUGGACCUACAAUAAUCUCUCCAUUAAGAAGGAUUGAAAGACUGACUGUUUUGCUAGCACCACACUUAACUUUACUGGCUGUUUCAAGGUGCGUAAUUACCACAUUAGCAGUCAAAUCAAGGCUGACUGAGAAAUACUGAGAAACUGUGAACUUCUCCAUAACAGAGAGGAGACUUGAUAGUAUUUGAUGGGAGCGGCACGUGUGAAACGACGCUUCAGUGCUGUGGUGGAUGGGCCAGUGGAGGAGGAGGAGGUCAUGAGGCUGGCACAGAGUGCUGCAGAUACAGCUAAGGCAGGGGGGAGCCCAUUGGGGUCAGGGACCCCAACCAGCCCCUCCCCGACCCAUGCCCUCAAUGGCAAAGCUCUACCACUUCAGAGCAACACCAACAAUGCACGGAGGCAGAGUGCCAUUAGAGAGUCAGUUGGGGGAGACGCAGGAGGAGAAGGCGGGGUGAGAGCAGGAGGAAAGUGCUCAGGGCUAAGGAGUGGAAGAGGCAGUAGUGGAGGAGGAAGAGGGGAAGGCCAUUCAUCUUCUAACCAGGAUUCACUCUCUUCCCCCUCCACUAGCAGCCGCCGGCGCACCAGGCGCUCAAGCCGCCGGCCCCGACAACGCUUUGUGGGCAAGGACGGACGCUGCAACGUCACCUUCGUCAACAUGAGCGAGAGGGGCCAGCGGUACCUCAGCGACCUCUUCACCACCUGUGUGGACAUCCGCUGGCGCUGGAUGCUGGUCAUCUUCACCCUGUCCUUCCUUCUCUCCUGGCUGCUCUUUGGAUUUGCCUUCUGGCUCAUUGCCUCCGCGCAUGGAGACCUCUCCAUUCGGCUUACCCCCAGCACAGGUUCCUCUCCAGGAUCAGGAGAGGCCGGUUCUGGAGGAGAGUCUGAUAGAGAGGCAGUUGUUGAGGAGCCAUGCUUCCUCCAGGUGAACAGCUUCAUGGCAGCCUUUCUAUUCUCCUUGGAGACGCAGACAUCCAUCGGUUACGGAUUCAGAAGUGUGACCGAAGAAUGUCCCCUGGCGGUGGUGGCGGUCGUUUUGCAGUGCAUUGUGGGCUGCAUUAUUGACGCCUUCAUCAUCGGGGCUGUCAUGGCGAAGAUUGCCAAGCCCAAGAAGCGCAACGAGACACUAGUGUUCUCUGAAACAGCUGUAGUGGCACUAAGAGAUGGAAAACUAUGCAUGAUGUGGAGGGUUGGAAACCUACGCAAGAGCCACCUGGUAGAGGCACAUGUCAGAGCACAAUUACUGAAGCCAAGGGUGACGCCAGAGGGAGAGUUCCUCCCACUGGACAACGUAGACAUCAACGUGGGUUUUGACACUGGCACUGACCGCAUCUUCUUGGUCUCACCUGUUACCAUUGUCCAUGAGAUCAAUGACGAGUCGCCCUUCUUCGAGAUGGACCGAAAGACACUGGAGAGUGACUCUGAGAUGGAGGUAGUGGUCAUACUCGAGGGAAUGGUGGAGGCCACAGCCAUGACCACACAGUGCCGUAGCUCCUAUGUGGCUUCCGAAAUCCUCUGGGGACACCGCUUUGAACCAGUGCUCUUCGAGAGGAAAGAAUGCUACCAGGUGGACUACUCAUUCUUCCACAGGACAUAUGAAAUUCCUAACACACCUUCAUGCAGUGCUAAAGAGCUGGCCGAGCAAAAAUACAUUCAAAGCUCACGCUCCUCAUUCUGCUACGAGAACGAAGUGGCUCUGCAACUCGUCUCCCCUGAUGAUGAGCCUGACCAAGACCCUGAAUGUCCCUCCCCACCAAACCGUAGGCCAUCUGUGGCAGAACACCUCCACUACAAUUAAACUUGAUGGACGGCAGGCCUCAAGGGAAAAGAGACAGGAAGUUGACCCAGGAUUUUAGAGAGUACAGGAAAAAAGAGAGGCUUAGAAAUGUAGGAAUAAGCAAACCAAGAGAGACAGGAUUGUUCACAGUGAGUAGACAGGAAAGAAAGUCCAGAAUAGGAGCAGGUUAAGACAUCCAUUACAAGUUUGCAAGAUUUAGAUGAGUACUAUCAUAAAGAUUAGAAGAUUUUUCAGAGGAACAGAAAGGACAGGUAGAGAAAGAAUGUGAAGUUUGAGGUCAUUCUUUUGGGGAGAUGAGUUACUAUACAGACCUAGUUGUCUGAUUGGCCCUGGCAAUAUUUCAUAAUCAUUGAAAACUUGUCUGCUAAGUCUUACAUCUGGCCCAUCGCUAUCACAGCACACUCAUCUGGCUCAAAUGCCUGACUUGCACAGGGUAUGCAACAGCACCCCACGGUGGCUCUAACCUGCAACAGCACCUCAAUUUUUGUGGUCCUGGUGAAAAUUUUGACCUCUAUUUUAGAAGGUGUCUGUAUGCAAUAAAUGGUAGUGUACUUGCUACUCAGGAAUGUAUUCAACUAUGAUGCUGACUUAUCACUUUAAUGUUUUUUUUUUCUUAUGGUAAGUAUGGAUAAUGCACAUUUUGUGAUACUUUGACCUUGGGGGCUGUUGAGAAUGUCGUUGAGUAUUAGGCUAGGCUCCAUGUAGAGCCAAGUGAGCAACAGUAACAUGGAGAAACAGCUGAAAACUAGCAGCGGCUUUGAGCAGUUUCUUUCCCAUGUCAUGUACUGUAUAUGUUGUUGGUUUUUUGGUUUUUUUUCCUAUGUGUCAUGUAAACAAUGUUCAUUGAUUGUAACAUAUGCUUUAUUUAAUCUACCAUUUUGUGUUGAGUUGUAUGCCAUGAGGUCAGAGGAAGCAUUGUAGUGUUAGUCAUCUUCACUGCAGUGAUGAUGACAGAUGAUGUUGGCUGUGUCCACACCAGUUACUCACCAUUCAUUCUUUCUUGCAGUACUAUCACUACAGUAUCUUUUCAUGUCCUCUGUUGCUAAAAUCAACCACACUGUAUUGUUUUGCUCUCUUACUUUUGGAUUCUAGAAAUUAGUGACUGCACUAUGACAUUAUAAUCUUUAAGUGUCUUGGCACUUGGAUAACAUUUGAUGUUUUGGACUGAAUCCAAGGCAAAAGGAACUGAAUUGCUCUUAGUGACUCUAUAAGUGCACCAGAGGCCUGCAGGCACCUUCAACAUCACUAGAAAAGUACCAAGUUAAACUGAGUGUUAUGAUGAAGGUUAUGAAGGAUGACUUUGUUUCUACAUCUCUGAGAGUAAAACAACUGUCUACCAACUGCACAAAUUGAUGAGGAGCAAACUGGAAACCAGAUGACAUUCAUAGAAAAUUGUUCUCUAAUUUUGUGCCCAUAAAAUCAUGUGACACCCUCCUAAUCCUAAUGUGUUACUGUUGGUUUCUCUCACAAACGUAAAAACAGUGUAGUGGGUGGUGCCUUCAUAACAAACUACAGAUUUUGGAACUGGCCCUUUAUCUGCAGCAGUUAAUUUCAUGUUUAAAAAUGUGCUUAAAGCUUUUUUUUUUGUAUGUAUUUGUACAAUGCUUUUUAUGCAAGAGUGUUGUUUCAAUCACCUUAAUAUUUGCAGUCUAAUGUUCUAAGUAGACAAAAUGUCUAUGCAAAUAAUUACUGUGAAUCUGCUCAAAGAUUGAGUACUAUGUUAUCAUGCACUGAUAACGGAUAGAUGCUUAUAGCUGAAUUAUAAAGUAGACUAUGUAAUAGUUUAAAUUUGUAGGUAUAUUACAGAGCACUUGAAAUGUCCUCAUUUAUUUUAGAUCUUGUAAUAAUUUAAAGUAAAUUAUGCAACUUGAAUAUUUGAUUACAGAAAGUGUUAGUAAAAGAAAGUAAGGAGUGUCAGCAAAGCACUGCUGACCAAUAAUCAGCCUGUCCAACGCACAACCUUGGAACAUUUUCUUUUUACAUUGCACUAAAGUAAUAUAUGGAGACUAAUAUCACUGAUGAAGCUCUACAAUAGCACAGCAGUGUUGCUGGAUCAGCACAGGUUAACCUCAAUGCAUCAGUCGCAGUGUUUCACUUGAGUUAUUGAAAUGAUAUUCUGCGGUAACCUCAGGGGGUUGAGGCAUUGAUGACAUAUUAUCUGUUAAAAUUAAUGUUAAUGCUUUUCUGUGUAUGUGUCUUCGCUUACACUUCUCCUUUAUAGCCACCAUGUUCGAUUUAUAGGCUACACGGUGGGUCAUGUCGUUCACCUUGCCUCCAAUUCCAUGAAAUGUUACUUGAACUAAUACCACCAUCACUUUAGCUACGAUAGCGCUUUUUAAACACCCAGGAAAGAAGUAGACAGGUGCAUUAUUUGGUAAUUUCACUGGUUGCUUAGGAUUCAUUACUCGCAGUAAACAAACUACAUUUUUAAAAUCAUAGGUAUUUAUCAUAAACAUAGUGUAAAAUACAUAGUAUACUGUAAUACUACAUAAAUUUUUAAAAAAUUAGUGAGAUGAAUCCAAUAAAAGCAGUAGCUACCUUUCCUUGUUUAUGUUUCUAAAGGGAAAACCUCUCUGCUCCAACGCUGAAAUGUAAUUUCAGAGCUGCCUCAGGCACAGAGCACUUCCAAGUGAAACUGAACUGUGUUUUAGAGAAAAUAAAA